CAGAGAAGAGGAAGGCCAUGCUGGAUGAAAUGGCGGUGCAGCUGAUGCAGGAGAAGUCCGACCACAAGGAGGCGCUGUCUGACCUCAAACUGCAGCACGAGAAGGAGGUCCUCGGGGUGAGGGCUCGAUAUGAGAAGGAGCUCCGAGGCCUUCACGAAGACAAGAACCGCUCCGAGGAGGAGAUCCGACAGCAGCUGAGAGAGGAAAAGGCGCGGUCGAAGGCGCUGGAGGGGCUGCAGCAGAGGGUCGAGGAGCUGCAGGCUCAGGUUCUGUCCAUGGAGGGAACCAAGGGAUGGUUCGAGAGACGACUGAAGGAGGCCGAG